AUGCUCAGCGUGCAGCCUCGCCCAGCUGGAGCUCCAGCCUGUGCCCUGCACUUGGGCCGCGGUGUGCCAAAAGAAGUGCGUGCUCCCAGGACCCACAAGAUGGCAAAGAGUAUGGCUGCUGGACUUGGCCUUUUCGUUAUCAAGUCAUUCCAGAAGGCCAAGGCCCGCGUCCUCCGCCGCAGCAGCGGGGAUCCACCUUCGAUGGCCCAAACUGCGAUGCGGGGGCCCUUGACUGCCACCGGGUCCGGAAAGCCGCUCACAGCCGAAGAGCUGGAAGCUUGUCGGGAGGAGCUUGAGGAGAUCAAGGCAAAGUAUGGGCUGAAGGAGCCCGAGCGUGCCCACAUGGAUGAGGAGGGCAUCAAGUGGCGCUAUGGCGGAAAGCCGGACUACUCCCUCACCAACCUCCUCUACUUGAAAGGGAAGACGAAGAACCACCCAGAAGGCUCCCUUGAACUGAUCGUGGAGAACUUGGUGAAAACCUGGGAGAUGGAACGCUCGCACAAAGUCGACCCAGACCAACACCGCUCGGUUGAUCCGGAAAAGUUCAUGAUCGCAGCCAACGGGUGGAAGAAGUUCAACAACAAGGAGGCUAAUGAAGUCGGCAACUACAACGUGCUGCUGGCUGGUUGCCCGGCAUCGCUCUACGAUGCUGAUUCCAUCACCUGGGAGCAGUCCCAUGACAAGUUCCAUGAUGCCUUCGCCGCAUUUCCGUGGGAGGUCCUGGAAGUCUUCUCCGGCCCACCUCGCGUGGCCUUCUCUUGGCGCCACUGGGGAGAGUUCACCGGGACCUACGACGGCAACAAAGGCUCCGGCGAGUUGGUGGAGCUCUUUGGCUUUGGGGUGGCCAGCGUGGAUGAUCAGCUGCGCCUGGUGGAUGUCGACAUCUUCUACAAGCCCGAGAUCUUCCUGGAGGUCUUGAAAGGCAGUAAGUCGGCGGAGGAGCUUGCAGGUGGGAGUGACCUCCUCGGGCCAGGCUCGGUAGCUGGAUGUCCUCAUCUCUCCAACCUUCAGAAGUGA